GUUCGGAGCCGGCGGAGCGCCUUCGCUUCUCCCCGCCGCGGGGGGCUGAGCCGGGGAGGCGGCGGCUCGGCGGCUCCAUGCCCCGGCGCCAUGGGGAACGGCAGCGCCGGGGCCGCCCCGUGCAACGGCACCGCUCCGCCGCCUCCUCCUCCUCCUCCUCCGGCCGGCCACAACAUCGCCGCCCUGGUGCUGGGCAUCGUUCUCAUCCUGCUGAUCGUCGGGGGCAACGGGCUGGUGUGCCUCAGCGUGUGCACGGAGCGGGCGCUCAAGACCACCACCAACUAUUUCAUUGUCAGCCUCGCCGUCGCCGACCUGCUGCUCGCCCUCCUCGUCCUGCCCCUCUACGUCUACUCCGAGUUUCAGGGUGGCGUGUGGUCCCUCAGCACUGUGCUCUGCGAUGCCCUGAUGACCAUGGAUGUGAUGCUGUGCACAGCUUCCAUCUUCAACCUCUGUGCUAUCAGUGUGGAUCGGUUUAUUGCUGUUUCAGUCCCGCUGAACUACAACCGGCGACAGGUCGACCUGCGGCAGCUGAUCCUCAUCUCCACCACGUGGAUAUUCGCCUUUGCUGUAGCAUCCCCAGUCAUAUUUGGCCUCAACAAUGUCCCGAACCGGGACCCCAGCUUGUGCCAGCUGGAGGAUGACAACUACAUUGUGUACUCCUCCAUCUGCUCCUUCUUCAUCCCUUGCCCUGUCAUGCUGGUGCUCUACUGCGCCAUGUUCCAAGGACUCAGGCGCUGGGAAGAAGCCAGGAAGGCCAAGCUAAGGGGUGGCAUCUACGGGGGCAACAGAAUGCUCUAUCACCCCUCACCCUUCAUUGAGAGAGAGCGGGUUGGCACGGAGCCGGACGAGUACCACCGUUAUGUGCACUCUGAGCACCCCCUUUCUGGGGACUAUGUGAUGAGCAAUGGGCUCCAGACUGUCUCCUACCCACACCUCAAGUACCCACACCCGGCGCACAGUCAGAAGCGGGCCAAGAUCAACGGCCGGGAACGGAAGGCCAUGAGGGUACUGCCUGUGGUUGUUGGUGCUUUCCUCUUCUGCUGGACACCUUUUUUUGUGGUCCACAUUACGAGGGCUCUCUGCAAGUCCUGCACCAUUCCCACUCAAGUCACCAGCAUCGUCACCUGGCUGGGUUAUGUCAACAGUGCCGUCAACCCCAUCAUUUACACUGUUUUCAACGCCGAGUUCAGGAACUUCUUCCGCAAAGUCUUGCACCUUUUCUGCUGAGCUCACGGAACUGGAGGGAACAACCAGGAUAACUUUGUAUAGUUCAUUAAAGAUCUAUUUCUGCCUAAGGUCUGCUGUCUUUGUUGGGGAGGAGGGAGAGAAGAAAGAUGGUUCCAGGAUGGCAGCUGGAGGACGGUGGUUCCCAGCCCUGUCUCCACUGCGAGGAGUUGCAGGUGAGUGCAGUGGUUACAGCUUGGAUAUUCCCCCCACUGGAAGCUGCAGGCGUCGCCGCUUCUUUAACACUCGGUGCUUGAUGUAGACAUCAAGAGACCCCACAAGACAGUGGAUAUUGCACAGCAUGGCAAUCUUCUGACUAAUGAUUUUCAUGCAGGACUGUUGCUUUCCAAGGGGUAAUUUGUGUGCUUAGAAAUAAAAGACUUGCUGGGAGGUCUGGGGGUUUUCUUCGACUAAGGAUAACGAUUGCUUCGCCAAUUUAUCAUCAACAAAUAAACAGCUUACGUU